AUGAAAUUCUCAUCAUCUCUUAUCUAUGUGAGUCUACUAGGAGUAGCACAUCUUGGUGCUGCUGUUUCGGUCUCUGGCUCAGCUCAAGGCUUCGCUGCUGGAGUUACAGGCGGCGGCGAUGCCAGUGCACAGAUACCUGGCGAUAUUGAUGAGCUGAAGGAGUGGCUUACCGAUGAUACCGCCCGUGUUAUUGUUCUUGAUAAAGAAUAUGACUUCACUGAGUCAGAAGGCACGACCUCUGGGACCGUUUGUGCUUCUUGGGGCACCGGCGAUGGCUGUCAAAAGAUCAUCCAAGACGACUGCGGAGAUUCCCCUUCUUCUCAGGCAACCUGGUACACUGCUGGAACUACGGGCAUAGAUGUCGGCUCGAACAAAACCAUUCUCGGCGAAGGAGACAAAGGUAUCAUCAAGGGAAAGGGGUUGAGGUUCAGAGACGGAGUGUCGAACAUCAUCGUGCAAAACAUCCAGAUUUCAGACUUGAACCCCGAGUAUGUAUGGGGAGGUGACGCCAUCUACCUCGAUGGUUCUGAUCUAAUCUGGAUUGACCAUGUUACUACGGCACGUACUGGUCGCCAGCACUACACCUUCGGGUACGAUACCAACACUCGCAUCACUCUCUCGAAUAACUUUGUGAACGGAGAGACCACCUACUCAACUGGAUGUGACGGAUACACCUACUGGACUUUUGAGAUGGUCGGCGACGCAGAUGAGAUUACUUUGCAAAACAACUACAUCUAUAUGACCGCCGGCCGCAGCCCAGCUUUGAGCGGAGGAACCCUCCUACAUGCAGUGAACAACGUCUGGGACAAGAAUAACGGGCAUGCUCUCGAGGGUGGAGAUUCUACUGCUAGGGGAUUAUUCGAGGGCAACGUCUGGCAGGAUGUGACUACCGUUGUUGGGGACUAUGCCGGCCGGCUUUUUGCUACCCCCGAUUCAUCUUCCGCUAGUGAAUGCCAGUCUGCCUUGGGCCGUGCGUGUGAGGUGAAUACAGUCUCAGACGAGGCUAGUAUCUCGUCUUAUACAGAUACUUCCUUCUUCUCAGACUUCUCGGGGCUUACUAUUGCCCCUGCAACAUCUGCCAGCGAGGCGCUAUCUGGCGUCCCGAAUAACGCAGGCAUGGGCAAGCUUUGA